AGAUUCUUAGAUGUUUCAGCUGGGUGGCCUGGUACAAUGAGGCCUGAAAAUGUUUUAAGAAAAUCUAAGCUUUAUUUGGGUGUUGAGGAAUCAAAGGAAUACUUAAAUGGUCCAUCUUUUGAGCUAAAUGAUGAGAAUUCAAUACCUCAGUACAUUCUUGGUGAUUCUUGUUUCCCACUUUUACCAUGGCUGUUAACGCCUUACAGCGGAUCGAACGAGGAAGAUGAGAGGAGUUCUGAGGAAAUGGCGUUUAAUUCGGUGCAUAGUAAAGGAAUGCAGUUGGUGGGGACAGCUUUUGGGAGAGUGAGGGCAAAGUGGAAGAUUUUGGCUAAGAAAUGGAAUGAGCAGUGUGUUGAGGCAUUUCCAUUUGUAAUUGUGACAUGCUGUUUGCUGCACAAUUUUCUUAUCAAGUGUAGUGAAGCAGUGACAGAUGAAACCGUGGAGUAUCCGAGGAGUGAAGAGUUUCCGGUGUUUGAUGGAGAGGUUGAUGAAAGUGGGAAGAAGAUUAGGGAUGCGCUUGCCUCACACCUAUUUAGGGUAAGUCAGAGGGAAUAAAUUCUGGCCUUAUUUUUUUAUUCUGCUUAUAAUCUUAUAGUGGUAUGUGUAUAUUGGUAGUGUGUUAAGUUGGCCUGGAUAGAAAUUUUGUAGCCUUUUGCCUAGUUUUGACAUCUCCAUUCUCCUUGGUUUCAUGUAGAAUUAUAUGGAAUAUAAAGUAACAUUUAGCUGCUGAUUCGGUA